AUGAGCUGGACGAUUCUCCGACCCGUAACAUUUAUGGAAAAUCUAACCCCGAAUUUCGAAGGCAAAGCCUUUGCGAAAAUGUGGCAGCAAGUAGGUUCUCGACCCAUCCAACUAGUCUCCGUCCACGACAUUGGGAUAUUUGCCGCCAAAGCCCUCCUCUCACCCACCGAAUACGCAGGGAGAAAAUUGGGGAUCGCAGGCGAUUCCCUGAAUUAUGAAGAAGGAAAGAGGAUUUUUAAACAGGUGACGGGGAAAGAGAUGCCCGAGACAUUUUGCGUGGUGGGGAAAUUGGUGAAGAGGGUGGUGGAUCCGGAUGUGGGGAGUAUGUUUAGAUGGUUUGAAAAAGAGGGGUUUGGGGUGGAUAUUGAGAGGGCGAGGGAGGUGGUGCCGGUGUUGAGGGAUUUUAGCACGUGGUUGCGGGAUGGGAGUGGGUUUGUGGGUUUGUGGGUUUUGAGGGGAAGGGGGGAGAUUGAGAGGGAUUUGUUGUUUGAGGGUGACUUUGCGAUGAGUGAUCGAUGGAUAUACGAGUAA